ACAUUCUCGUCAGGUACGAUAGGACCUUACUUGUUGCUGAUCCAAGGCGCUGUGAGCCUAAGAAGUUCGGUGGUCGUGGCGCUCGCGCGAGGUUCCAGAAAUCUUACCGUUAGGGAGAGAAAAGGAGGGGUUUUUUGGGGUAUGGGGUUUCGGUUCAUGUUUUAUGCUGUGGAAAACUCUUAUUGAGCAGUAGUUAUAUUAAGUCUUGGAGAUUUUAUUGCGUUUUGAUUGUUAUGUGAUGCUUUUUUUUUUUUUACAGAUAUUUAAUUUUAAUCGAAGAACUUCAUUGAUUAUUAGAUAUGAAUUAUGCAAAACUCUUCAUUCA